AUCAACCCUCUUGUAAAGCAUGAUGUCUGUUUUCCGGCCAGGGUUAUUUGAGGGCAAAGUAGCAAUUGUUACCGGCGGUGGUACGGGAAUUGGAAAGGCAAUUGCUAGAGAACUACUCUACCUCGGCAGUAAAGUUGUUAUCGCCUCAAGAAAGGAGGAAAGACUGAAAAGAACGGCUGAAGAAUUGUGUCGCCAUAUACAACCAUCAAGUACUGCUGAGGUGAAAGUAGUGCCAUGUAAUAUCAGAGACGAAAAACAGGUAACAAACUUGAUGGAAGAAACUCUCUCCUCUUAUGGUAAAAUUGACUUCCUUGUCAACAAUGGAGGAGGUCAGUUCGUGUCACCUGUUGCAAACAUGUCUUUGAAGGGUUGGAAAGCUGUGGUUGACACCAACUUGAAUGGGACAUUUCUGUGCUGUAAAGAAGCAUUCAGAUUGUGGAUGUGCAAUAAUGGCGGUUCCAUUGUAAACAUCAUUGUGGACAUGAGCAAGGGUUUCCCAGGAAUGGCACACAGCGGUGCAGCACGAGCUGGAGUUCACAACUUAACAAUGAGCCUGGCUGUUGAAUGGAUAGGUUGUGGAGUCAGAAUCAACUGUGUGUCACCAGGUGUGGUGUACUCUGACACUGCCGCACAGAACUAUUCAGAAUAUGAGCCUGAGCUGUUUCAGAAGAUGGCUAAUUUGUUACCAGCCAAAAGAUGUGGAACCACUGCAGAAGUAGCAGGGGCUGUGAGCUUCCUACUCUCCCCAGCUGCAGCUUACAUAACAGGAACUACAAUUGAUGUGGAUGGAGCAUCAAGUAAAGUCUUUGUUAAUAACUUACCAACAGCAGAGAAGUGCUCUCUGCCAGAAUACACUUGGAAAGAUGAUAGUAUUCCAUCUUCAAAGUUGUAAUCUUUUCUUCUAUACUGUAAAAAUAUCAUUCUCAGUUUUGGAAUUCUGUCAAAGUACAAAAAUGAAAAGCUUACACCACGUGUAAUUGUAAAGGGCUAAAUCUUACCACAAUCCGGGAAUAAUUAACAUUAGCUAAAAAGCUUCACAGUUUCUUAGAAUUGAUAGGCGAAAAUUUACAGUUCUAUCAAAGGUAUUCCAAGGCAAAUCCGAGUGUUCUGAUUGGUUCCUACAUGUACUUGGUCCCAUUAUUUCCUAUACGGACGGUUUCCACCGAGGUCAUAAGCCGUGUAUUCUUGGUCGCGAAAGCCGGCAAAUUCGAAAUAAAAAAAAUUUAGUACGAGUGCCAUGUAAUAAACUACUUAGUUACCUCGCUUCCUCGGUCGUUUUUGUACUUCCACGACCUCGUCCCAAUAUUCGCUAGUACGACCCUCGUGCUCGGUUAAAAAGUUAAUAGGUUGGAAAGGAUUUUGAGGUUAUUAUUGGUUGAAACUAGAAUCUGUAGAUCUGAUAAGAAAAGAGAGUAAAAGAUACAUAAACGCA